GGGGGGAGGACAGGAGGGGAGGAGGAGGGAGGGGGACCCCCGAGUCGCCCCCUCUCCUCCCCCCGCCCCCCCGCUCCAUCCUCCGCCACCGCCCGAGCAGCUGCGGGGCCGCCGCCACCGCCUUUGCAGGCUGAGUCAUCACUAGAGAGUGGGAAGGGCAGCCGCAGCAACAACAAAGAACCCAGCUCCUAAAGCUGACCCUGCAGAGCACCAUUUCUCCAAGUUGGGGGCUCAGAGGGAGCCAUCAUGAGCGAUGUUACCAUCGUUAAAGAAGGCUGGGUUCAGAAGAGGGGAGAAUAUAUAAAAAAUUGGAGGCCAAGAUACUUCCUUUUGAAGACAGACGGCUCAUUCAUAGGCUAUAAGGAGAAACCUCAAGAUGUGGACUUACCUUAUCCCCUCAACAACUUCUCAGUGGCAAAAUGUCAAUUAAUGAAAACAGAACGACCAAAGCCAAAUACAUUUAUUAUCAGAUGUCUUCAGUGGACCACUGUUAUAGAGAGAACAUUUCAUGUAGAUACUCCAGAGGAAAGAGAAGAAUGGACAGAAGCUAUCCAAGCUGUAGCCGAUCGACUGCAGAGGCAAGAAGAGGAGAGGAUGAAUUGUAGUCCAACGUCACAGAUUGAUAAUAUUGGAGAGGAAGAGAUGGACGCAUCUACAACCCAUCAUAAAAGAAAGACAAUGAAUGAUUUUGACUAUUUGAAACUGCUAGGUAAAGGCACUUUUGGGAAGGUUAUUUUGGUUCGAGAGAAGGCAAGUGGAAAAUACUACGCUAUGAAGAUUCUGAAGAAAGAAGUCAUUAUCGCAAAGGAUGAAGUGGCACAUACUCUGACUGAGAGCAGAGUUCUAAAGAACACCAGACAUCCAUUUCUAACAUCCUUGAAAUAUUCCUUCCAGACAAAAGACCGUUUGUGUUUUGUGAUGGAAUAUGUUAAUGGGGGAGAGCUGUUUUUCCAUUUGUCGAGAGAGCGGGUGUUCUCUGAGGACCGCACACGUUUCUAUGGUGCAGAAAUUGUCUCUGCUUUGGACUAUCUACAUUCUGGAAAGAUUGUGUACCGAGAUCUCAAGUUGGAGAAUUUGAUGCUAGAUAAGGAUGGCCAUAUAAAAAUUACGGAUUUUGGACUUUGCAAAGAAGGGAUCACAGAUGCAGCUACCAUGAAGACAUUCUGUGGUACACCAGAGUAUCUGGCACCAGAGGUAUUAGAAGAUAAUGACUAUGGCCGAGCUGUGGACUGGUGGGGCCUAGGUGUUGUCAUGUAUGAAAUGAUGUGUGGGAGGUUGCCUUUCUACAACCAGGAUCAUGAGAAACUCUUUGAACUAAUACUAAUGGAAGACAUCAAAUUCCCCCGAACACUCUCUUCAGAUGCAAAGUCAUUGCUUUCAGGGCUCUUGAUAAAGGAUCCAAAUAAACGCCUUGGUGGAGGGCCAGAUGAUGCAAAAGAGAUUAUGAGGCACAGUUUCUUUUCUGGAGUAAACUGGCAGGACGUAUAUGACAAAAAGCUUGUACCUCCUUUUAAGCCUCAAGUAACAUCUGAGACAGACACCAGAUAUUUUGAUGAAGAAUUUACAGCUCAGACUAUUACAAUAACACCACCUGAAAAGUAUGACGACGACGGCAUGGACUGCAUGGAUAAUGAGCGGCGGCCACACUUCCCUCAGUUCUCCUACUCUGCAAGCGGACGGGAAUAAGUUCCUUUCAGUCUGUCUCUACACUGUCAUCUUAGAUUUUGCCACUGAGAAUGAUUCCUGGACAUCUCCACCAGUCCUCGCUCUUACAGUUAGCAGGGGCACCUUCUGACAUCCCUGACCAGCCAAGGGUCUUCACCCUCACCACCUCUCACCCACAUGAAACCAUAGACACAGACACUCCAGUUUUGUUUUUGCAUGAAAUUGUAUCUCAGUCUAAGGUCUCAUGCUGUUGCUGCUACUGUCUUACUAUUAUACAACUUUCAGAAGUAAUUUUACAACCUUUGGGAGUCAUGGGCCCAUUGUUCAUUUGUGCAUCAAGUGUCAUCUUCUUUUGGUUUUUGGUUUUCCCUAGCAGUGAAGGCUAUAUGAGAUACACUGAUUCUAGGUACAUUGUUAACUCUCUAGGAGAUAAAUCAAGAACUAAUUAGACUAAGAAGAUUUAGUUUCUAUUUCUGAACAAGCAGUUGUUAAAGGGUGGUGGUGUGUGUAUGUAACAGUUUAGCAGCGCAUGUCUGACCAGCACAUGAAGUGUGUAUCACUGACAUUUGGCUGGAAAUCCUUAGGAAACAUUGAGAGGACUGAAGGGCCGAUUUGAGAUACACAUAGCUUUUUAAUUCCUGCUGGAUAUUGUGGAGGAAGCCCAGUGCCACCCAUGGACACCCAGAUUUCAAGGGCAGACGGAGACCGUUCAACCAAGCACUGAAGGUGCAGAGUCGCCUAGAAAGGCUUAGGGUCUACUUUGUACCAGAGAGCAUUUCCCCUGGGCUUGGCAACCUUUUCCCUUUCUUGACAUUUAUCACCUCUGAUGGCUGAAGAAUGUAGACAGUACAGUGAUCCUGCUGUCACCAAAAUCCAUACACCAAGGUGGACGGGUGUUUGCCUUACCAGUUUUGAAGUUGUUACUUUCAGUUAUAGGUGAAUUAGCUUUUUCUCAGAUGUUAAAACUUUGAAUGUCCUUUAUGGUUUUGUUUCUAUUACGGUAGUAUUUAUUUUUUAGUGGUAAGAAUUGUGUUGUCAUGUUAGCAAGCGCAGCUCCAAUUCGCAGCUCCAAUUCACAGGUCAUUGCCUGCGGUUUCUUUCCACCCAUGUGCAAGGAAUGUACACACCCAUUAGAAUCAUGCACUUUUCUCCUAGGUAAGAAGAAAUGGUAAGGCUCUGGGAUUGUAUCUGUGGUUAGAAUCUGGUUAGAGUCUUUGGGAGAGGGGAUGCUGUAAUUUGACCCCUUGGAGCUGAAAUGAGAAAAUCCCAAUACCCAAUGCCAAGGGGUUGGUAGAGCAAGUGGAUGUGAGAGUAUAGCCUAGCAUAAAGUAAUGGAGAGAGCGGAGACCCAGUGACGAUGAGAAAUGCACUCUCCUCAGCAAAGUGAACACAUCACAACCAUUCACACAGUGGCAAGGAAAGGAUAAGAAGAAGGUGAUGUGUUUAUUCUUAUCAAGGUACAUUCAUUACUGAAUCAAGCCAUCAGGGAAAACAACAAAACAAAACACCUCUAGCUUUUAUUUUUCUGUACAUACUCAUGUCUCCCAACCCAAACAUUUCUCACUGAGAGGGGACAUGUAUGCAAACCUCAUCUUUCUCCUUCAUUAAUGAUGAUCUUCAGAUUAAACCCUUUGGUGCUAGGAGCUGACACUUUCCAAAGCAGACUAUGAAGUCCAAGGAUCAAAGCCUUUCUUGCAGCAAGCAAGAGGGCAACUGCUGCUCCAAGGAGUGAUUACGGAAAUGGAUUCCAGCUACUGACUGGCAGCUCCCAAAUGGAAGACGACAGUGUGACCUAGCAGUGUUACUGCAUUGUGGGUUUGCGUAGGAAGUCAUGCUCUCAUGCAGAUGUCUUGGCCUCUGGGCUCGGACUUAGGGAAGCAGAGCCGCUGCUGGCGGUGGCUGGCCGCUGGGACCGCUGGGACCGCUGGGGUGUAAAGGGCAUUUUACUAAGGCAGCUAAGACUGACUCAGACAUAGAUUUUGUCCUCAUUUUUCAUGUUUCUACCUGGGUGAGUUUACCCUUAGUGGGAAGUAGGAAGUUAGACAGGUAUACAGUCUUACAUCGGCAGUCUUUUUUCCUACAUAGAAGUAUGUUGAAUGUUUCACACUGACAAGAAAGUAGAUUAGAUGGUAUGUCCUUUAAGUUACCUUGCAUCCAUUCUGGAAGAAAGAAGUAGGAGAGGAAGAAAAGCAAGCCGGGCCCGGCUGAUGUUCAGAGCAUUAUCCUUCAGAAGGAGCAGACACUGUACACUAAGCACACGGCUGCUUCUGUCUCCUCCCAAGUCUUAAGGGAAUUUCAUGACCUUGGCCAAGGAUACUUGGUGAAGAUUAAUGAGGGGACAUUGACAAUGCCUCAGGCUGGCCACUCCUCACACCUGGCCCUUGGUCCCCAGCCUUUCAAGGGAUUGCUCAUCCCAUCCCUAACUCCCCGAGUGUCACAGCAGGUGCAUUCUUGGCUUUGGUUUCAAGAGUUCUCUCCUUGCACCUUCCACCAGAUGUCAGUUAAAGGGCAGGAGUAGAGCAGAGAGGUGGGGAGGAGGCUCUGAAAUCUUAAGUUGCCUAGGCCUACAGCUUAGGGUUCUGGCAGUUGAAAUGGCCUGAAACCAGGCAUCAUCAUGUCUGGAUGCGGCUCUGGCUUUGUGAUUCCAGCUCCUACCAGCUCCACCUUGACCUCUUGUCACCAUGCAGGGCUGUCUGGGAGGAAACUAGCCACUUGUGCUCAGACUGCUGCCAGCAUUCUCACAGCUUUGCUCUCCACAUUAAUGACAUAGAUUAUUCCAGUAUUGUUUCCAUUUCCCACCUGACCUCCAGCUUCUCAGAGCUGACUUCUUGCAGGGGCCACAUGCUUCUCUUUCCCUCACUAACUGCAGGGUCUCCAGCACACCUCAGUGUACACACUUUGCUGCUACCGUCUGUACUGUCUACAUCACAAUUCCCUGAGCUUGCUCCUGGUACUGCAUUACAGGCAAGCAUGAAGUGUAAAGUAUUUAUUUAAAUAAAAAGGAAACCUCUGGAUUGGUCACCGAGUCACCUCCCUGUAGAUUCGUAGUCUGUGGCAUAUUUUGACUUUCUAGUUCUUCUGCUAGAUCCAUACAAGAUCUGGUCAUCUGGUUAAGGGUUUGAAGCAGACACAGCUACGAACCCGGAUGCUGUCAUCACUGUCACGGCUGGCUACACUACAGAUGUUCGUGUCCUUACAUUUAUGACCACAGGGUGUGAAGUAACUACCAAGAACCUGAUUUUGUACACUGUACACCCUCGGUAUCUCACACUCUGACAGGGACACACAUGACUUCCUUCGUACAGACAGCUUAAAUAAAGCCCUGUGUCAAUCCGCUACUUCUCUGUUUGUUGUUGUUGGAUAUGGCUCUGUAACUUCAGAAAACUAAAUUUCGUUCUUUUCUGGAAAAAGGAUUAUAGCCCCAGCUGUUAUUAACCAGCCCUGUAUAAAGGUGUGACAGGAAAAGAGGUAAAUAGAUAAAACACAGACGGGGUGUUUUCCCUUGACCAAAAUGCCAAUAGCGUGCUUGUAGCAACUGAUGAAGGGCUAGGAGUGCAGUCCCUGGCCACCAGCAGCAGAUUUUAAGGCACAUCUACUAGGAUGCCAGAAAAAGAGUAGAUUGCAGACCCUAAAGGUCUUGAUAAGAAAUGGUGUGGGCCCCAAAUUCUCAAGGAAUGCAGCUUGUCACUAAUGUCUUCCUGAUAACACACAGCUCCAGACACUUCCUUGCAAGUGUAUCUUUAACCCUUCAUGUCAGUUUAUAACGUAGACAUGAGUAAUCGAUGGCCAGAAUGUCUGGAUUACAUUGUUUUGGAUGGGGUGUAUUUCUGAUUUUACCUCAUAAGCUACAACUGUAGAACUUGGCUUUGCUCUUGUGAAUUCAACAGGGAGAGGAGUGACUUUUGGGACCAGUUAGUCAGGCAUGCAUGUGUAUUUCUCACAGCCAAAUCUGGAGGCAUUCUUACAUGUGCUGUCCUCAAAAUCAACUGGGGUUGGCAGAUCCAUGAGGCUGAAAUAAAGUGACCUCUACAACUCUUUAAAGGUGCUAUUUUUAGAAUAUUGUAUAAUUUAUUCAUGGUAUAAAUACAUAAAACAGAAUUGAGGACAGUUAAAAUAUGUGACAGCUUUAUGGCUAGCACAUUUGAUGAACCAGAAACUUCUCAGAAUAGAAGUUCUGCUGUUCGAGGCUUGCACCUUUGACAUGCCCCAGAGAUGAGGAUGGCCCAUGCACCGUCCUGCUACCACCACCUCCAUGGCCUAAGCUGCAUGUUUGUGAAGGGCAGGCUGAGCAUGUGGACACCAGGCCUCAGCUGAGCGCCCUGGGCUGCUGGGCUGCUGGCAGGGAGAGGUGAGGUGUCCCAUGCAGCCUUGCCCCCAGUGUUUCAUCCCCCCCUCAAACACCGUGACCAUCUCAGCAUCCAGGCUCUAUUCCUGUCUGUCUGGUCGCUUUUGUUUUUUGUUUUUGUCUUCGUUUGUUUUGUGGAGCCGGGAGAGGACCCGGGGCCUCACAUGCUGGGCAAGUGCCCUGCCACCGAGCUACACCCCAGACCUUCCAGUGUCCAUUUGUGUUCCUUUAAAGCAUUUGAGGGCUUGACUGUAUAGUAGAAAUACUAUUUUAGACUAAGAAUAUGAUCUGUGUACAGAUAUUUGAUAUACUGUUAAGUAAAUUUUCUAAUUUCACAUACAUUUGUUUUUAGGCUCCUCUCAAGUACUGCUAUUGAAGACAAAAAUCUGACACCAUCGAGCCAAAGAUGCCUUUUUUGGGGGAGGGGGGAGGGGUUUGCUUUGUGUUGUUUAGAGAAUGGGAAAAUAAUGCAGAGUGCUUCCUGAGUGCACACAGUUCAGUGGGAAAUGCUGGAUGCUGGCUACUGGCAGACAUGGGGGGGGGGAUGGUGACCGGCAGGAGGAGAGGUGGUCUUCAGUACACUUUGGCUGACUUCAAACAUGUGCCUUUUGGUGUGUUUUGUCAUUGCUACAAAAUGAAAAGGAAACAGAACAACUCAAGUCUUUAGAAAGACUUUUUAUUAAUCCCUGUGCAUACUUUAGAGACAAGGGAAAUCAGUGACUUGAAGCUGUUCUGAGCACACACUCCCGACUAGCCCUAGCCAGUUGACGCUGAAGCACUCCCUGUCUGUAGCACAGGGACAGGCCAUGGCAUGAGGACCAGCCCCCCUGCAGUCCCUGGUGGUGUCUCCCUGGGGAGGUUUCGGUGCACUGUGCACAUUAAGUACAAAUCAGAUGAAUGUAAAUAUCUCUUUGUAAAUCAUUUAUUUCACUCUGUUUCAUCCAGGUCAGCAAUCAGAUUGUGGCAUGCUGGGUAACUGGAAAAAAAUGAUAAUAAAAAGUAAGUUUAAAUAGA